AUGUUACCAAAAGCUAAGCUUCCGAUGGGUUUUCGAUUUCAUCCCACUGAUGUUGAGUUGAUAAACUUUCUGAAACGUUACGUGCAUCGCGGAAUUUUGCCACCUGAUGGUGAUAUUGAAGUAGCAAAAAUCGGAGUCACAGAGCCAUGGCAAAUUUUUGGAGAUUCAAAUUCGAAGGAGAAAACACGUUACUUUGUUUCUAAAUUGAAGAGAUUCAAGAAUUCAACUAAGAAAUUUUCAAGGACAGUUGGGAGAGGAACUUGGAAAGACCAAUCAGGUGGUGCACCUAUUAAACAUGGAUCGAAGAAUAUUAUUGUUGGCUUUAGGAGAAGUUUGAAAUAUAAAAGUAAUAUAGUAAAGGAGCAGAAUGAUAAGUGGUUGAUGAAAGAAUAUAUUUUGGCGGAGGAUUAUUUUAAGGAAAGCAAUGAAGAUAUAAUCGUUCUUUGCAAAAUCAAAGACAAAAAAAUGAAUGAGAAAAAAGUGGAUGGUAACGAGAUCAUGGAGGAAGAAGUUGACGAACUAGUCACUUCUUUAUCAGGUAGUAACGAGGAAAAAACUUGGAAUUGGGAGGGCGAUUCUUCCGGUGCACUGACCGUACCCAUAACCGACACAGGUGAACAAGUAGAGUAUAUUGAGGUACUUGAGAGAAAUCAUCAUCAAGUUACCAACAACGACAUGAACCAAUUAGCCCUCGUAAAUGACGUUUAUGAUGUGAUGCACACAAAUGAAGCAAAUACUUUGAUCACAGGCACUUUCGAAAAUCAAGGAUUUGAAGCUUAUGGACAAGAACAAGCUAACUAUUUGGCAGCUGGGGUUGAGCAAAAUAUUGAUUAUCAAUAUGCAGAUUAUAGCAACGAUUGGUUCCUAUCAAUGAUUAAUUUCGAAGUAUUACCAGAACAAGAUUUAGGGAUGCAAAUAGAUAAACCAAUUAAGUGA